AAAGAAGUUUCAAAGGUUGGCAAUAUCAACAUUCUUUUUGUCAAAACAAGCUAACAGAGAAGAUGGCCGCCCACAAAACAUUCAGAAUUAAGCAAAAGCUUGCCAAAAAAUUGAAACAAAAUCGAUCUGUUCCGCAGUGGAUUCGUUUGCGUACGGGUAAUACUAUCAGAUACAAUGCAAAGAGACGUCACUGGAGACGUACAAAGUUGAAGUUGUAAAUGAUUUUGCGGACGUUUCCCAAUGAUUGAAUUGUGAUUCUUAGUUUACAGUUCAUCGUAUAGUUGAUAAAUGAAUGAAAGAUAUUGAUUAUAAAAAGUAAAUUUAGACCUUUUUCAUAAUAAAACUGUGUCUUUGAAUACAAAUUGGGCACAUUUAAUUUGUGGUCUUGCUUGUGGGAAUACAUCAUACUAUCAUAGAAAAUCACAAAUA